ACAACCCGUUCUUAGAUUCGGGGCAAUGUGACGUACUUUUGCACAAGGCCCUCCCACGACAGUUGAUGGACACUGCAGUUUUAGCGUUGACCCGCCCUGAGUGAGCUGUACACAGUCCGCCAUUGAUUCGACGCUGGAGCAGCUGUAGACAAGAAUGUCUUCUAAGCGAUUGAGGUGUUUUGUUGUUGGAUGUAAGAAUGAACACAUCAGUCGUCAUUUACUCCCGACAUCCGAGCCGCUGAAGACGCGGUGGAUUACUUUUAUUUUUGAAGGGAAUGUGCCCCCUAAUCUACCUAAAUGCGUUUAUGUUUGCGCAAAUCAUUUUACACCACACUGCUUUGUGAAUGAGGGUCAGUACAAAGCAGGGUUUGCUAAAAAAUUGAUCCUGAAGGAUGGAUCGGUACCAACUCUUCGUUAUCCAGCUUCACCUGCAGAAGCCAGCACAUCUACACAGAGCCACAGGUCGAGGGAUGUUGGCGUCCAGACAGAAUCAUCACAGCUACACAGUUUUGUCACACAACCAUCAACGAGGACAUUUCAAGCACACCACAGGAGUAUCGGUGUCCAGACAACUAUGUCAAGUUUUGAACUUAGCAUGGCAUCAGUUUCUCAUACAGCAGUUAUGUCUUCCACACCACUCAAGACUCCAUCAAAGAGACCUCAUCUGGACCUUGAGGAAGAGGGAUAUGAUGAAGAUACUCUCGAUGAAUGUUCUUCUAUACUAACAGCACAAGAGACUGAUGUCACAUUCAAUCACACAUCAAUAACAGAGCCAAAAGGCUUGUCAGCUCAAGCAUCCAGUCCUGUUCAAAACAUUAGUAAAUAUAUUGUCUAUGAGACCUGCAUCAUGGAACUGUUCGAGUUGUGCCCUGUAUGUCAGAGAAGCUGUCAUGUACGAUCGCAAAGGCUUGGGACAUUUCUACGUGUUGAACAACUCUGCCACCACUGUCGGUUCUCACGGAAAUGGAACAGUCAGCCAAUUUUGGGCUGUACUCCAGCGGGCAACCUUCACCUUUCUGCUGCCGUGUAUCUCUGUGGUGCUUCAUUCUUCACCCUUGAAAAAAUAUUUGCAGCAAUGAAGCUACAACUUUUCAGGUACGACACCUUUCGUCGCCACGGGCGAAUGUGGAUUGAGCCUGCUAUUCUUCACAAAUGGAGAAACUGGCAGGAUGAGAUGCUACAGCAGUUAACUCGAAGGGAUAAAGUCAUUGUUGGAGGAGACAUGAGGGCUGACUCACCAGGGCACUCUGCCAAGUAUGGCAGUUACACAAUGAUGGACCUGGAGACGAAUACCAUUGUUGACGUACAACUCGUCCAGAGUAAUGAAGUGGGAGGAAGUUACCACAUGGAGAAGGAAGGUCUGAAGAGAAGUCUCAACUUUUUGGACGCUCGUGGUGUGACUCUGGACUGCAUUGUGACUGACCGGCACCCGCAAAUUCAAAAAUUCCUCAGGGAGCGCAAUGUUAACCAGUUCUAUGAUGUCUGGCACAUAGAGAAAGGAAUUUCAAAACAGCUGGAGAAAAUUUGCAAGUUGAAGGGAUGUGAGAAACUACGUAACUGGUUGCGUAGUAUUAAAAAUCACAUCUAUUGGACUGCUAAAUCAUCAAGCAAUGGGCCUGAAAGAGUGGCUAAAUGGACAUCUAUGCUGAACCAUGUCCAAGAUAAGCACACACAUGAAGACACCAAUUUUCCUGCAUGUCUACAUCCAACAAGGAAAAGUCUAAACAAAAACAAGUGGCUGACAGCUGGAACUCUAGCAUAUUACAAGUUGGAGAAAGUUCUCUCCAACAAGAGAAUUUUGAAGGAUGUGGCCAAGCUAAGUCCUCACUACCAGACUUCUUCCAUUGGGGUUUUCCACAGUGUCAUACUACGGUUUGCACCCAAAAAUGUGGUCUUUCCAUUUCUUGGAAUGUUGUGCAGACUGUACCUGGCUGCACUACACUACAACGAGAACGCCGGGCGUCCUCAAGCCACAACAGCAGCAGGUCAACCCCUGCUCAAAGUACAAGCAACUUUCAGAUAUAUGGAUGACCUGCUGGACCUCAUAUUUGAUCAAGUCUUUGUGGAUCCUGUACCAUAUGCGGAUGAGGUCUUGAGGAUCCCCAUACCACCGGCAUUGUGUCCAGAGGAUGGCCGGCUUGCUUAGGAUGAGGCCAUCUCCAGCAGGGUGUCUGAUUUUAAGAUAUAGGUGGUCGAAAACCUACAUAGCUGCCCUAGGCAUCGGUGAAACACUUGCUUCGAAUACUCAGGACCACACAGGCUGAAUCACAACUCGUACCCUUCGUCCCAGGAAACCCCAGCACCAGCUA